AUGGAAUCUGACAUAUCCCUGACCGCUUUUGGUCCUUUACGACGAAUCGGGUUUGGCAACUGCGGUUCGGUAUGGGGUACAUUGAAGCACAAUGCCCACAACAAUGCGGACGUCGACAUCGACAUGAUUAUCAAACGCGAAGACGCGAGUCCCGGCAGGGACAUAAAGAACGAGACUCUGGUUCAGUCGCAAGUAUUCCCCGCGGAAAGCAGUCUACAGUUGACCUCGAUUCCACAAUGCUUCGGUCUCAUGGAGACGGACGACAAAAGAUGGCAGCAGAUCCUGCCACUCCUGCCCGCUGGAUUCAAAGAAUGCAGGGCCAUGAUUGCCGAGAAAAUCAACCCAGUAUCGACGCGAGCGCAGUUGCUCCUCGUCGACAAAUACAGCCCCGUGUCGCACCGCGAGGUGUUUCGAAGAUCAAUAGAGGCGCCAGACGGAAAGAGCCAACAUUGCCUGGUUCGCCUCUAUCUUGGCCGACGAAGGCAAGCACGUGCUCGCAAAGAGCAGCAUCACCCCAGGCCACAGUUCUUCAGCCUCCGCAAUUACCCUCUUCACGCCGACCAGGCCGAGGAGCUCCAGCUCCCUUGCAAGCAGUACGCCAAGGCCAUGGCAGAGGCACUGGCAACGCUAAACUGGCAAGUCAGGACAGAUGGCAAUGAUGUCGAAUUCGUGCUGGGUGCCCACAGACGCGGGGAGGAAGACCCGAACAUGCCCCUCGAGGACCAUGCCGUCUGGAUGCUGGACUUUGACUGCUCCAGGCCCAUUGAGACGAAUGACUCUGGUCUAGAGUCAAUUGCUCGGGCGUUUUGGCGUAACGAUCCUUACUUUCCUCAGCCGGGAAGCACCUUCGAUCAGGGACGAGAAUUGUGGGAUGUCUUUGCCGCCGAAUAUCGGCGGGUUGGUAUGGAAGCAGCCCGGGCUUAUCAUCGUGAAGGAGAAGAUGUGGAAAGCCUGUGUGCUUUGGUCGAAGGCACCUUGAGGAAGAUUGAGGAAACUAAAGGGAAGUGGACAACUGGGGCGCAUUUCUAG